AUGUUCCCGACAAUCUGGUUUCCGCACCGUCAUGUGCGCCGGCUAACUUGUACUCUCCUCGUUUCAUCGAAAUCCAUCCUUCACAGCUUCUCUAAAGGGUUAAUUUUCCCGGCGCGCGGAUUUAGCGCUUCUGAUGGACCCACGGCCGUUAGAUCGGUCCCUGCUGGUUUGGCGGCAGCUAGAUCAACGGCUGCGAUUGGCGGAGGGGAUAGCGGGAAGAACGGCGGAGGAUCGGUUGCGCGAGCGUCGGUGCCGGUGGUGAUUGUGGGCGCGGGGCCGGUGGGGCUCUCCCUUUCCAUCAUGCUCUCGCGUUUAGGUGUUCGGAAUGUGGUGGGGGAGAAGGAGCAUGGGCUGCAGCAGCAGGAGCAAGGCAAGGGCGUUCCGAAUGUGGUGGUGGAGAGGGAGCAUGGGCUGCAGCAGCAUCCCGCAGUGGCUAGAAAGGCGUUGGGAAUGUGGUGGUGGAGAGGGAGAAUGGGCUGCAGCAGCAUAUCAACUGCCGCCCUUUUCUCCCCUCCCCUUUCCUUCUCCUCCCUCUUCCCAGGCGUUCGGAACGUGGUGGUGGAGAGGGAGCAUGGGCUGCAGCAGCACUCGCAAGGUUGUGCUUCCCUCCCCUCAUCUCAUCCGUGCAUAUUCUCAACUUCCUUCCUUUUACUAGGCGUUCGGAACGUGGUGGUGGAGAGGGAGCAUGGGCUGCAGCAGCAUCCCGCAGCGCAUCUUAUUAACAACAGAACCAUGGAGGUGUUUCCCCUCAUGCGCCCCCUUAACAAUCAACUAAUCUCUGUCUCACUUCCUUCCCUUCUUUCCUUCCAAACCUCCCUCCCCCAGAUUUUUUGCCUCAUGGGCCCUCUUUACAAUCACAUUACCAGUCAGCAGCCCCCUUUAGAGGAGUGGCGGUCGUUUGUGCACUGCACGCGCAUUCUGGGGCGGGAGCUGGGGUUUGAAAACAGGAUCAUGUUCGUUCCCCUCAUGGCCCUCUCAAUCACUUCACGAAUAUUUCGCCUCAUGGGCCCCCUUUACAAUCACAUCACAAGUCAGCAGCCCCCUUUAGAGGAGUGGCGGUCGUUUGUGCACUGCACGCACAUGCUGGGGCGGGAGCUGGGAAAGCAGGAUCACUUCAAAGGGCAGGAAGAACUGGUUUAUGCCACAGCUGCUGCUGGCACAGUCACCAUCUGUCUCUUUCUCUUGAUCCCUGUGCGGCUGUGCCCCAUCUCCCCUCCCCCCUCCCCAGGCCACGUGAGAAUUCUCAAAAGCGACACAGUGACCAUCUGUCUCUUUCUCUUAAUCCCUUCUUCUACUGGCUCCCAGACCAUCCCCUUUAUAAGAUCAGCAUCGGAGAAGCCUAUAAGAAUUGACUGCUCAUACUUGAUUGGCUGUGAUGGUGCUAACAGCAGCAUCCGGGCGGCGAGUUUUGUCCCGGCUCAACCAUCCCAAAGACCAGACGAGUCAGGCGACGCAGCCAAUCAUAGCCGCGGAAAAGAAGAGGCCGAGCAGUUGUUCAUGCAGGGGCAGAGGGGGGGAGGGGAACUGCAUCAAGUGACAAUGCAGGGGCACAGGCAGCUGCAGCGGGUGCUGUCGGUGCAUUUCUCCUCACGCCCGCUCGGGUUGAGGCUGCUGGCGCUGCCCCGCCCAGCGAUGCUCUAUUUCGUGUACAACACAGAGGGGGUCGGGGUGGUGGUGGCGCACUGCUUGAGAGAAGGAGAGUUUGUCGCCCAGGUGAGGGCACUGAGGCACUGUGGAAAGGAUGUGGUUGCGCUGGCUGCCCCGCCCCGCCAUGCUCUAUUUCGUGUACAACAGCGAGGGGGUCGGUGUGGUGGUGGCGCACUGCUUGAGAGAGGGAGAGUUUGUCGCGCAGGGGAGGGCGUGGGGGUGGGGGUGGCGCACUGCUUGAGGGAAGGGGAGUUUGUUGCCCAGGUGAGGGAAUUGAGAGUGUUUAGCAGCUCGGUGCCUCUUACUCUCUCCAACCCUCUGCCCACAUCGCAUUGCCUCGUACUCUCUCCAACCCUCCGCCCACAUCGCAUUGCCUCGUACUCUCUCCAACCCUCCGCCCACAUCGCAUUGCCUCUUCCUUCUUCUUCUUCCCUGCGGCUCCCCAUGUCCUAG